UUAGGUUGAAUGAUUAACCCAAGAGAUAAAGAGAAAGACGAAAGAGACAGAGCGCAACAGUUAAGACGGGAAGGGUGCGCAUGAAAGAGUGUCAAGAGAAAAAAGACAAAGGACAAAAGACAGGAGAGUGUGAGUGCGGUGUCAGUGUUCCGGUCCGGAGUGUGAGUGCGGUGUCAGUGUUCCGGAGUGUGAGUGUGGCGUCAGUAUUCUAAAGUGUGAGUACUGUGUCUGUGUUCUGGAGUGUGGGUGUGGUGUCAGUGGUCUGUACUGCACUCUAAAGGCUCAAGAUGGAAGAAGACAGCAGACAACUGAGAAAGAUUGAACUCAAUGAUGGGAGACUCAUGCCACUGCUUGGACUGGGGACAUGGAAGGGACCAAAAGUUACUGAUCAGAUUUGCCAAGCAGCAGUAGAGGCUGCCAUUGCGGCCGGCUACCGCCACCUGGACACAGCCUUCAGUUACCGAAACGAAGUGGAACUGGGCAAAGCCAUCCAGAACAAGAUCAGUCAAGGCGUCAUCCGCAGAGAGGACAUGUUCAUCACCAGCAAGCUAUGGUGCACACACCACGCUCCAGCGGACAUCCUUCUUUGUCUUAACAAGACACUGAGUGAUCUACAGACGGACUAUGUGGACCUGUACCUUGUGCACUUUCCUGUGGCCCUGAAGAGAGUGGAUGACGAACUCUUCCCCACGAAGGACGGAGAGAUGCUCACAGCGGAUAUUGACUACGUAGAUGUGUGGAAGGGACUGGAAGCUUUGCAAUUCUCUGGGAAAGUGAGGAGCAUAGGAGUGUCCAACUUCUCGGUUUUGCAACUGGAGAGACUGCUGUCCAUGGCAAAGGUCCCUCCUGCUGUCAAUCAGGUGGAGUUGCAUCCAUACCUGGUGCAAACUGACCUGAUUGAGUACUGCCAAUCUAAGAGCAUUGCCCUCACCGCCUACAGUCCCUUUGGAAGCCCUGGCAGGCCACCAGACCGGCACCAGGGAGACACUGACCCAGAGAAGCUCCUGCAGGAUCCUGUAGUGGCUGACAUAGCAACAAAGCACAGAAGAACCCCAGCACAAGUGCUGCUUCGGUAUCACAUCCAGCAGGGCAUCUGUGUCGUCCCAAAGAGCACCAAGCCCAAUCACAUCCUGGAGAACACUAAGAUCUUUGACUUCACACUGGAUGAGGAGGACAUGAGCAGACUGAGAGGGCUUAAUAGAGGAUGGAAGGCCUGUGUCGUUGAUGCGCUGAAGUCUCACCCAUUCUACCCUUUCAACUGAGAUCUGCUGACUGCGGACUGCCUGACCAUUGAUCUGCAGGACUGUUUGCUGCUGCCUCUAUCGGAUUUUGAAAUAUCUAAUCAGGGCAAUUAGACUGAUUUGUAUUUUGUGUGAAUUGUUUACAUACAUUGUGUCUACGGUAUGCUGUGAAUGUGACAUUUUCUGAAUCCUGUUGUUGAAGAAUCUCAGGCUUAAAAAAAUGAAUUUGUUGCAAAGAGCUGUGCAUGUCCUCAUCCCAAUCUGUUCAAGUUAAUACUAAAGUAAUGAAAACGUAUCCUUCUUGAUU